AUGGUGCUCGUGACGGUUCUAGUUGCGUUGCUGGGCUUGGUGGCGUCUACGGCAGGAACGCCGUCGCUAUCGCCGGGUGAUGUUUGUCGCAUCAACGGUAACGUCGGCCGGUGCGUGCCGAUUCCGGAGAACCCCGAGUACUCGCAGCUGUUACGGACGCUGCCACGCAGCGAAGACCAGGACCGAUACCUCGAGCGGUUCAUCUGCGAUCGUCGGCAGAAGCUCACCUGUCGGCUGGGCAGUGUGAACGACGAACUGUGCGGUAUCCAGAUGGCGGAUCGUAUCGUGCGCGGCGAACGGGCGGCCCUCGAUCAGUACCCGUGGAUGGCGCUGAUGCAGUACGAGGAUCACCGGAAGGGGAAGAAGCGAUUCGCCUGUGGCGGGACGCUCCUCAACCGGAAGUUUGUCCUCUCGGCGGCCCACUGUUUCGUGCGGCUUCAGGCCGGGCUCGAGUUCAUCAAGGUGCGGCUCGGUGAGUGGAACACUGAGACGGAGCUGGACUGCGAGGAAGAUGCUGGGGAGGAGUUCUGUGCUCCGCCGGUGCAGGACUUUGGCUACGAGAAGCUGCUCGUGCACGAAGGAUACUCCGGGAACUACGCGGAUCGAGCGAACGACAUCGCGCUCAUACAACUGGACGGUGUCGUGCAGUACAAUGAGUUCGUGAAACCGAUCUGCCUUCCGGAACCGUCCACCAGGGACCGGGAGAAACUGUACUCCGGCAGUCUGUGGGCCGCCGGGUGGGGCCGCACGGAAUCGAGUCCCGGAAGCUCUUACAAACUGUUCGUGGCACUGGACUACUACGAUCUGGGGCAGUGUAACGAGACGUACCGGAAGAAGGUGCGCAUCCCUCUGACCGGCACCCAGUUCUGUGCGCUGGGAGUGGCGGGUAAGGACACUUGCAAUGGGGACUCCGGUGGGCCGCUCAUGAAAACGCUCAAGUCGCUGCACUACGCGGCCGGGGUUGUCAGUUUUGGACCGCAAAAGUGCGGUAGUCCAGUCCCGGCCGUCUACACGAAGGUCGAGGCGUUCUACCAGUGGAUCGUCGACCGGAUGGUACUGUAUGAGGAUCGUUACUGA